UCUCUGCUGAAAAUGACUAUCAAAAACUUUCAGAUUGAAUAUGACGCCAUCAACAGAAGGAACAUUUUCACAAAUGGAGACACCAUUAACGGACGGAUCAUCCUGGAAGCCUCCAAAGAAACGAGAAUCCAGUCACUUGUUUUUAUAGCCAAGGGAAAAGCUCGGGUUCACUUCACUGAACACUAUGGAAUACUGGGAAAAACCAACCCAGAAAGAACUGAGGAUUACAGGCAUAAACAGAAAUAUUACCGACUGAAGCAGUACAUCUUGAAAGAAACAAGACAGAAUGGGAGGGAAAUGAUUGGAAAAGGACGGCAUGUAUUUCCUUUCAGCUUCAAAAUUCCUGACAGAACAUUCCCUUCAUCGUUCUCCUCAGUAUUUGGCCAAAUUAUUCAUACCUUAAAAGCCAAGGUUAAACAGUCUAUGAUGCCGACAAGAAAAGCUAAAACCCACUUCACAUUUGUCUCCAUAGCAGAGAUGAAUUUACCAGGGAUCACGGUUUCUCAGCGUAAAAGCAAGGAGAAACACAUUGCUUUAAGAUCUGGAGUAGUAUCACUGGAAAUUUAUACCAGGCAGAUGGGGUACAUACCUGGUGAAGAUCUCCAUGUCACUGCUAAAAUUACCAAUCUUUCUAAUCGUUCAGUCAAACCCAAAUUUGUACUGGAUGAAAAGAAGACGUACAAUGGAGGAGAUUAUAUCAAAGUCGAUAAGCAUGACAUUCUUCAGGAAAAGGCUGAUGCUUUGAAGUCAAUGAGUGGCACAAAAACUGUGACAAAGGUGUUUACUAUCCCCAGAGAGCUACCUCCAUCCAUUUUAGUUUGUCCUAUUAUCAAGCUGGAGUACAGGCUGAAGGUAUAUCUUGACAUCACAUAUGCGCCAUACAUAGUGCUUAAACUCCCCAUUGUCAUCCUACCUGACCUUUCCGACGAAAAUCUCUUACCUCCUUCCAGUAGCUACAUUUGUGAAUUAUUAGGAACUUCAUAUGAGCCACCAAGGAUCACCAGAUUACAGGCUAUUGAUCCUCCACCUCCCUAUGAAGCAGCUGCAUCCUACCCCUUGUGUUCAUCUUCAGAUUAUACAACUAUGUUAUAGAUACCAGCUUUGCAUGAAGAUGUUGGGAUGUUUGGAUGAUGUUAGUCUACUUCGCUUUUAACAUAAACCGCUCUGCAAUCCAAAGUGGCUGACUGUGCGACGUACAUUACAACUGGACAAACUGACAAGAAAGUUUUGUUCAAAUUGUUUGUGUUUGUGUGCCUAAAUUUCAGUUGGUAUCUUUGAAACUGCUUUAUUUAUUUAUUAUUUAUUUAUUUAACUGUAUUGCAGAUCACUUUCUUUUUGUCAAAUGAAAUAUUGUGUUGCUCUAGGUUUGCUUCCAACCUUCCAGCCUUGUGAUUUAAUGUGUUGUAUCAAUAAACUUACAGCCUUUAAC